ACACACAAUUCUAAUUAUGUUUGUUAAACUCAACAAAUUUUAACUUCCCUUUGUUGUCAUCAUAGUUUCAACUCAUGGAGUGUGUCUCUAACAAACAUGUUUUUGUUUUCAUGUUUUGUCUUGUGUUUCUUACUCCAAAUGUGUGCUCUCAACUCUAUUACAACUUCUACAUUAGAACUUGUCCAAACCUGAACAGAAUUGUUAAAAAUAAUAUCUUGUCAGCUAUAGCUAAUGACUCAAGGAUUGCUGCUUCUCUCUUGCGCCUUCAUUUCCAUGAUUGUUUUGUCAAUGGAUGUGAAGGAUCUGUGCUACUGGAUGAUACAGACACACUAAAAGGGGAGAAAAAUGCACUUCCUAAUAAAAAUUCAUUAAGAGGAUUUGAUAUAAUUGACAAAAUAAAGUCUGAUUUAGAGUAUGCUUGUCCCAACACAGUGUCAUGUGCUGAUAUACUUACUCUAGCAGCCAGAGAUGCUGUAUAUCAAAGUAGAGGUCCAUUUUGGGCUGUGCCUCUUGGUCGUAGAGAUGGCACAACCGCGAGUGAGAGUGAGGCAAAUAACUUGCCAUCACCCUUUGAACCUCUUGAAAAUAUUACUGCUAAGUUCAUUUCCAAAGGUCUUGAAAAGAAGGAUGUAGCAGUGCUCUCAGGUGCACACACCUUCGGGUUUGCUCAAUGCUUUACAUUCAAGCCAAGACUAUUCGACUUUGGUGGCUCGGGUAAAUCUGAUCCAUCACUUGAUUCAUCACUUCUACAAAACUUACAAAGAGUAUGUCCAAAUCAAGCUGAUUCCGACACCAAUUUAGCUCCAUUGGAUCCUGUCACAAGCAACACAUUUGACAACACAUAUUACAGGAAUGUUUUGAGCAAUUCUGGACUACUUCAAUCAGACCAAGCUCUUUUGGGUGACAGCACAACUGCUUCAUUGGUUAACUAUUAUAGCAAGUGGCCUAUUCUGUUUUUCAGAGAUUUUGCGGUUUCUGUUGAGAAAAUGGGCCGCAUUGGUGUUUUGACGGGACAACAGGGUCAAAUAAGGAAAAAUUGUAGGGUUGUUAACUAGAUAUAUGAUCUGCAUUUGUAUUUUCUCUUCCUUUGAUUUUAAAAAGUUUAGUACUAUAAAUAUGUUAUGUGUGUUUGGAUUUGUCCAGAAAUAAGGACAUUUCUCUUUGAUAUCUUCUUUUUCCUUCUGGUACAAGUCAAGGCGCUUCUGGUUGAA